AUGGGCAAGACUCUCAUCUACUUAAUCGGCUUUCCAGGCAGUGGUAAAUUUACUACUGCAAAGGAACUGUGUAAAAUCAUUAGUGCAGUGAUAGUAAGCAAUAAUCUAUUCAAUAAUAUUAUAUUUGAUAUUGUUAAAUUACAAGAUGCUGAAGUUCCAGAUGAUCUGUGGGAAAAGAUUUUUGCAGUCAGAGAAAAUAUGUUAGCAAUACUGGAAAAACACUACAUAAAAUCAAAACAUUAUAUAUUUACAAAUGAAUUGAUAGAGGGUGAUUCCUAUGAUCAAAAAUUGUACAACUCAGUGAGCGUACUCGUGGUUGAGCAGAAAGAUAAGUAUCGUCCUUGUGUUGGCAUAAUGCUAUUUAACAGACAAGGACAUGUCUUCAUUGGAAAACGCUUUGAUAGCGACUCUUACUGGCAGAUGCCACAAGGAGGUGUUGAUGAUGGUGAGAAACUGGAACAAGCAGCGUUACGUGAGUUGCUAGAGGAAGUUGGCACUAAUAAAGUAAAGGUUAUAACUAAAAGCAAGGAUUGGAUAUACUACAACUUGCCUGAAGAAGUUAUACCAAUAUGCUGGAAUGGAAAAUAUUCUGGUCAAAAGCAAAGGUGGUUCUUAAUGAAGUUUUGCGGAGAGGAUAAGGAUAUUGAUAUUAAUUAUACUGAUCAUCCAGAGUUCAAAGAGUGGCGUUGGCAAAGUACAGAUAGUUUAGUAGCCAGUGCUAUAUCAUUUAAAAAAGAAGUUUAUAAAACAGUGAUAGAAGAGUUUUCUUCUAUAAUAAAAGCCUCAACAAUAAGCUCAUGA